AUGAUGAUCAAACGUAACAGCCGACUCCGGGAUUGCCUCGAUAAGAAGAACGAACAAUUCUUUGCGUCAUCAAUCUGCCUACCGUACUCCCCCGUGGAGCAUAUUAUGUAUAGUUCGGCUUUUAUUCGACUCCUUAGCGAAGAAUACAAGCAGUCGAUGGAUUGCUACCGUGAUGCGAAUCUCAUUCAAGAGAAAUGCUCAAAACUCAGAGAAUGCUGUCCGAACUUUGAUAGUUGUCCGUCCAAGAAGACAAUGGAUAUCAAUCUUGAACAAGCCUCAUUUAUUAGCAAAACUGCUCGAAUGAACGAAGACAAACAAAACUGUCUCAAAACGAAAGCUCGUGAAGCGUUCAAAAACACUUUGAGAGGUAUCUUUGGAAAAGGAAGUCGUGAAGUGCUACAAAAGUUGAAGCGAAACGAGAUGAUGAAUCUGGACCUGAAACGAGGAGCUCAGGUCUUGGCGAGGGUUUUUAGUGACAACUGUUAA